AUGAAGGUAUCUUUGCUGUUCGCAUCAACAAUUCUGCUGGGCCAGGUAUAUGGUUACAAACAGGUCCAUAAUCCAAAGGAGGAAAAGGAAAGUACUUCUGAAGAACAGAAGCCAUGGAUUCGUACAAUUUACUCCACUGAAAGAGAAAUUGUCACCCCUACUGUUAUUGACGGUGUUACAUUCUCAGCUAAACCAGCUCCUACAAGUGAUGCCCUUGAAGCAUGGGUUUCGUUGGAGAAAAAUGGUAGACCAAAGACCAUUAGACCUGAAAUUAAAAAUGGUCACACCAAAAGGGGUAAGCCAGAUUAUUCUACUUACUUCCAAACAGCUGCUGUACGUACUUAUUCGUAUGAAGACUUGAAGGCACAUAAUAUGGAUCCUAACGAAGUGUAUGAGGAAGAAUAUUUUAUUGAUGAAGACGAUACUUACACCUCUUUGAAUCCGAUUAUGAGAUGUACACCUGACAACUAUUUCUUCAAGGGUCUUUCUAAGGAUAUCUCUAGUGAACCAUUCUGUACUCCGAGGGAGAACUCAAUGUGGAAAAUUGGUACUACUUAUUUCGUUUCAUGGUAUACUCGUUUCUUUGAAAAUGAACAUAAUGGUAAAGUUGCUGAAAAUGUACGUAUCCAUUUGUCUUAUGUCAAAGAAAAGGCUGUUGAUAAAGGUUAUCACAAGAGGGAUAUUCCAGGUACCUUUUUCACUUCUGAAUGGAUUAAGAACAUUGAUGGUGUAUAUGCAAUUGAACCGGAAGAAGACUGGUUACAAGGUGUAUACGAACGUAAAAUAGUUCUAUCUGUUCAACCUAACUACAUUUCAGAUGAUGACUUUUCUCCGUUAGAUAAUGGUGUCUUAUUACACAUGAUAAUGGGUUCGAAGGUAUCCAAAACUACUAAGGAAGAAUGGGCUCUAGCUGAUGCAGGUAUAAGUGACAACAAAUGGUACUACGUCGCUUUGACCAUGCCUGCUGUAGCAGUUGUUGUCUUUGUCGUCCUAUAUUUCUUUUUGGAGGCAAAUAAAGGUAUGAGAGAUUUUUCAGAUAUUACAAAUAUUUCACUAAAUAAAAAGCGUAGAGUAUUAGGUAAAUUUGCUAAUAUGAAGAAGUUCAAAAACAUGAAAAAUCAUAAGUAUGAGGAAUUACCAAGUUACAAUAAAAAUAAGGGUAAACAAAGCUGA